AUUUGCCCUGUCUCUACCAAUUGUUCACGUAAUUGUUUUAUGCAGUGCGUGUGAUCUAAUGUUGAAUUGACUGGGCAAGCUUUAGUGAUUCAAUCAUGCUUCAAAAAAAUGAGUUGAAAUGUCAAAUGGUUGAAGCUCUUUUAGUGUAAGAAAUCUGAAUAAAAUUUGAUACUGAAUUUGUUGUUCACAUCACAAUCUGAAAAUGUAGUAAAUCACUAUUACCACAAAAUGUAGUAAAAAAUCAGACUGUAAACGAUGGAAAAACCGACCCGAAACACUAAAAAGGCAUUCGAAUCCGGCCCGAGUUAACUUGUCGACGGAGAAAGCAAACCGAACGAAUAUCAAAUGGAGGAAAGUGAGUAAACAUAAGAAAAACCAGAGGGAGAUGAUUCUUCUUCCACCGUUUCCGUGUCACCUCUUUUCUUCUAUUAAUUUUUGAUAGGAAUGUGUGUCUCCAAUUUCCAGUUUUUGAUAAUUGAAUUUGUCAAGUAAGCUUUCUUUUGAUAUUUGUGAGUUUGUGUAUCCUGUGAAUCUAAAAGUCUGAACCUGAAAAUGUGGAAGUCGUCAUCAUCAUCUUCUUCUUCUUCAAGACUUGUCGCUGCUUUCCUCAAACAUCAUUUCAAUCGUCAUCAAGUCAACCACUUUGGCAUACCUUCUUCUUCCUCUGCUAAUGUUUUCCACCAACUCCCUUCAAAUCCCUCUUGCCCAAUUGCUGGUCUUUCCCAAUUUCAGUUUCGCUUUGCUCACCACCAGACUCUGGCUACCCCUUUGAGAAACCUUUACGUUGCUAAACCCAACCCCUUUUCCUCUUCUGGGUUGAGGUUCUUUUCCUUCAAAACCUCUAAUUCUGGUAAAAAAUUCAAUGCAAAUUUCACCAAAAACGUCUUCCAAAGCCCGGCUAAUACCUUUACUUCCACUUUGUCGAGGUACCGUGAGGCUAUUGGCUUACAUUUUGAUGCCUUUUUCAAGAGGAAUUACUUGUUUCUGUUUGGUGUUGGUGGAGUUUUGCUCUGUGCUUUGCUCUGGAGGAUUAUGUUCGGUAUUGCUGACACUUUUGUUGGCCUCUCUGAAGGAAUGGCAAAGUAUGGCUUUCUUGCCCUUUCCGCUGCAAUUGUUUCUUUUGCUGGCUUGUAUAUUUACUCAAGAUUAAGAAUAAAUCCUGACAAAGUUUAUAGAAUGGCCAUGAGAAGGCUUAAUACAGCUGCUGGGAUUCUUGAGGUUAUGGGUGCACCUCUUACUGGAACAGAUUUAAGAGCUUAUGUGAUGUCUGGAGAUGGAGUCACGCUGAAGAACUUCAAGCCAAGGCUUAGGAGCAAGCGAUGCUUUCUUAUCUUCCCUAUCCAAGGUUCUGAGAGAAAGGGUUUAGUGAGUGUUGAAGUCAAGAAGAAAAAGGGCAAGUAUGAUAUGAAACUAUUAGCAGUAGACAUUCCCAUGGCAUCAGGACCUGAUCAGCGGCUAUUCCUGAUUGGUGAUGAAAAGGAGUACAAGGUUGGUGGUGGAUUAAUAAAUGAGCUGAGAGAUCCUGUAGUGAAAGCAAUGGCUGCAACCAAGGAAUUUGAUGAUCUUGAUCAAGUUGAGGAAGAGAAGGAUGCUGAGCGAGAACUUCAAGAGGCUGAAAGAAAGCGCCGUGAAGAAAUUGAAAAGCUUGAAAAAGGUGGCAAUCAAUGAUUGCUAGCUAGAUUUUGUUCUUGCCCCUUCUUUUUUUCGAUUACUGAAGUUUCUGAAAGUUUGCUUGAGGCCUUGACAAUGCCAGAUAAAUUGAGUUGAUGAGGAGUUCCCCGCAUUAUAUUGCUUGUGGCCAUUGUUUUCCUCAUAUUUUAACCGUCUUGUAGUCAAACGGCCCUAUUGAAACAAAUAAAUCUUACACAAUUGAAGUGGCCCUGUUGAAGCAAAUAAAUCUUACACAAUUGAAGUACUGUGCAUAACAUGACAUAUAGUUUUUGCCAUUUCUAUUAUUCAUUUUACCAUGUUGAGAAACUUUAUUUCCGUCUUUUAUGAUGCUCUGUUAUCAUGCCUUUUCCUCCGGUGACUCCUUGAACAGGCAGCUCUGAAUGGAUUUUUGUAUUGAGGCUAUUGCAUAUGCAGGCAACGAUUAGUUUUAUUUGGAGGGUUACCAUGCUUUGUAUUGUUUCUUUCUCUCCAAGCGAAUUUCAGCACCAGGACUGCAAAAGCUUUGCCCCCCAGGGAGUGUUCGGCCCAAUGGAAUUCAAAGUCCUCGUGUCCAGCUGUUUUCUGAACUUAUGAAUUCUGCAAAGUACUACUCCAAACCUCACAAAAAGGGCAAGUAAAAGAAGUGAUCUCUGCUUUCAUCAUUAUUGCCACUGAGAAAACAGGUUGCUUUUGGCAUUGACAAACCCAAUUUUGCAAUCUAUUCAAUGUUGGCAACUUGUUUGAGAUAGCCAAUCUAUCAUAGCAUGCAUCGGAUAUACCAUAUGUUGUUGGAACCGGAUUGAUCUUUGUCUGUCCACCUUAUUUAGCUUGUGCCUGAUACACUUAGUAGGUGUCAGCUAUCCUGCAUGUAGUUUGAAUUUGAUGGGGCCAUGUAAUGACACCGUUCUCCUCUGCAAAAGGAUAUAUAAUCCACAAACAGUUGUCUGAAUUUCGACAAAGGUAAUUAGACUAUACAUGCGGCCAAUUCCUUUCACCAUCCCUGGCAAUUGCUGCAACUCAAAUCUGCCUAUGAAAUCCAAAUGCCGGCUUAACUUUGUCAAUUUACUGAGCCGAGAGACAGAGGGCUAUAAGGGCGUCAAUUAUCAUUUCGUACACAUGAUGUGCCAGUGUUAGUGCAUUGUUUUUAUGCAUGCACUACUACCCUGGAUGGAAUAACCUUAUUCUCUUUCCUUAAGCUGGUAAAGCUAGGCGAGUUUUGCUAAUGCAGGUAUAAACCAGGCCUAAACUUGAAACUUGUCAAGAGUGGUGAGGA